GCGUUGGGUCCACGCUCGUUGGUGUCGGGGCCUUGAGCGCCCUGGCGGCCUCGACGAAGCGGUCCCGCCCUUCGCGGGGGCUCCGCGCUCGCGGUGGUGAUGUGGUGGAGACCCUGCCCACCACGGAGAUCAACUACUACAAGUUGGACAGCAUCAAUACCACCCAGAUCUUGGCCUCCAUGCGAUGC